GUGCCAGGCCGCUCGGGGCCUCCUGCCCGGCAUGCUGGCCGUGGUGCAGCAGUUCGAGCGCAGCCCGGCGGAGCUCGCCGAGUGCCUGCAGGCGUUCGUGCAGGUCGUGGAGGUGGCUCCGAGCGCCUUCUCGCAGCACAUGAACGCGGUUGUUCCAAUGAUGCUCGCCAUCUGCCGAGCCCGCGAUCCCCUGGACGAUUCGGUCAGGCAGAUGGCGUUCGAGUUCCUGACCUCCCUUAUCUCGAGUAAGCGCACGAGGGCCUGCGCGAAGCUCCCGAGCUUCAUCCGAGAGAUGGUGACGCUCUGCAUGGAGCUCAUGCUGGAGCUCGAAGAUGUCGAGGACUGGAGCGAGGCCUAUCGCGACGACGGCGCUCCAGACGCGUCGAACUAUGAGGUGGGCGAGGAGGGCAUCGACCGCGUGGCGCGCGCCCUCGGUCCGGAGGCGGUGCUGGGCCACGUCUUCGCGAACGUGCGGGAGUACGUCAACCACGCCGACUGGAAGCGGAAGUACGUGGCCAUGAUGACGCUGUCGCAGUGCGCCGAGACCGUGCAGGACGAGGCCCACGUGGACGAGAUCGCGAGGCUGCUGGUCUCCCUGCUCAGCGAUGGGCACCCUCGGGUCCGCUUCGCCGCUCUGCACGCUAUAGGCCAGACUGCGGCGGACCACACGCCCUACCUGCAGGAGACGCACCACGAGCUCAUCAUGCCCGCGCUCUCGCGGCUGAUGGACGACCCUGUUGUGAAGGUGGCAGCCCACUCUUGCGCGGCGUUCUUGAACUUUGCCGAGGACCUGGGGAAGACCGAGCUGCUUCCAUACGUGCCCCAGCUGAUGGCGAAACUCUGUCCCAAGAUCAUAUCCCCGGCCCGCGUUGCCAAAGAGCAGGCCAUCACGGCUGUGGCGGUGAUCGCGGGGGUGAUCGAGGAGGAUUUCGUGCCUUACUACCGCCAGGUCAUGGAGGUCCUGAAGCAGGUCAUGCUCACAGCGACGGCGCGGGAGGAGCGGGCCCUCCGCGGCAAGGCGUUCGAGUGCAUGUCGCUGCUGGGGAUGGCCGUGGGGCGCGACGUGUUCAAGCACGACGCCCGCGAGGCGAUGGAGGCCAUGAUGCUGAUCGCGGGGAAGGGCCUGGACACGGACGACCCGCAGAAGAGCUACAUCCAGGAGGCCGCCCAGCGGAUCUGCCGCGCACUGCGUGAGGACUUCCUGCCCUACCUGCCCCACCUGUUGCCCGGCGUGUACGCCACGCUGCAAAUGCAGCCUUCCGAGGUGCUGGACCCAGACGCCCUGGACGAGGAGGAGGACAUGACCCUCAGCUACCUGCAGAGCGGGAAGGCCGUGGGUCUGAGGACGUCGCAGAUCGAGGACUUCAGGAGCGCCGUGCAGAUGCUCGCCUGUUUCUUGGAGGUGCUCGGCGGUCACUUCUUCGACCACCUGCAGGACGCAGCCAGGUGCCUCUUGCCGGCGCUCAGCUUCGGUUUCUGCGACGACGUGAAGCGGGAGGCGACCCAGACGUGGCAGGAGCUCAUCGGCGCGGCCAAGGCUGGCCUCCAGCUGAGGGGCAUCCGGGACGACGGCGCGCUGGUGUCGGGCCUGCUGCGGGCCUACCUGCAGCGCACCGUGGAGGCGAUGCGGUCCGAGGAUUAUGAUGAUCCAACCUGCUGUAGCCUUGAUCACCAUGCCAUGGGAGCAGCAGGGUGCGAGGAGGACACGGAGACCCUGCAGGCGCAGGCCGUCGGCACCGGCAUCUGCAUCCGCGCCGCAGGCCCCGGGUCCAUGACGGAGGCGGAGGUGGGGGAGCUCUGCGUCCAGGUGCGCGCGCUCCUGGGCGAGGCCACCGAGCGCCAGGUGCCCGUGCCCGAGCGGGGGCCGCAGGGCGAGCAGGGGUGGGAGGAGGACGACGAGGCCGAGGCGGAGGAGCAGAGGGAGGCAGAGCAGAUGCUGCGCGUCAAGUACGCGGAGCUCCUGGGGGCCCUGAUGGAGGUCCACACGCGGGCCUUCCUGUCGGUGGGCAUGCAGAGCGUCCUGCCCGUGGUCCAGGAGUACCUCGCAGCCGGCCGCGGCGCCUCCGACCGGUGCCUGGCGCUCUACAUUUGCGGGGACAUGCUGGAGAAGCUGGGCCAGGAGAGCGUGCCCGUGUGGCCGGCGUUCAUGCAGCAGGCGCUGGGGGCCGUCGCCGACGCGGACGCGUGGGUGCGGCAGGCCGCCGCGUACUGCGUGUUCCACGGCGCCCGGCUGGAGCAGUUCUCGCCCCUCGCCGCGCCCGUUGCCAAGGCCCUGGCGCAGCUGCUGGCGCGGCCAGCGGCGCGGCGGGACGGCCGGGAGUUCGCCGAGGCCGCGGUGGCGGCCCUGGGGCAGCUGUGCCUCCACCAGGCGCCCAGCCUGCGGGCCGCCGACCCGGACCGUCUCUUGGGGCUCUUCCUGGACGGCCUGCCCAUCUGGGAGGACGCCGACGUGGCGUCGCCCUCGCACGAGGCGCUGCUCACGCUUGCGCAGCAGGGCCACCCGCUCCUCAAGCAGCGGGCCUCGCAGGUGUUCCGGGUGCUGCUGGAGGUGUACGGCAGCGAGACCAGCAGCGACGCGCUCAACGCGGGCACCCGCCACGCGGUGCUCGAGGCUGGCGAGGGCCUGCUGCAGCUGCAGCCGCCGCUGCCCCAGAAGCUGCUCCGGCGGGCGCAGAAGAUCCAGCGCGAGUCCAAGAGGAAGAGGUGAGCCGCUGGCGCCCGGCCGCGCAGCUCGUUGCGCGAGGGGCGCCCGGCCCGAUGCUGUGUCAGGGAGGAUGCAGCCCUGGCGUGCGCUCAAGACCCAGCACGCGGGUGUCCCAGGCGCGUGGUCAUCCAGAAGGGCUGUGGAGUGCGGGCCGCGGCAGCCCAAGGGCUCCACCCUCGGUGCUCUCUCCCCAGACCUGCCGCCUGGGCGCUGCUGUCCGCCCUCCUCUCCGCCUCGCCUCCCCCUGGGCCUCCCAGACGGGGUCCGAGCAGCUGGGGUCGAUGGAUCGCUCCG